GGCAGCCGGAAGAGCCCGAGCUCCUGCCACCGUGUCCGCGCCGCCGCCGCCGAGCUCCGUGGGGCCCCGAUUGCAGCCGAACGUCCUCGGAGCCGCCCGCCGCGGCCCCGCGCCCUCCGAGUCGAGCCGCCGCGCCUCCCGCCCGGCCUCCGCCCUCCGCUCCCCGCCCGGGCCCGCCCGCACCGGCCUUCACUCUGGAGCGGUCCGGGCAGCCGCAGCAGGGGCGGCGGCGGCGCAUCGAGGAGCUCUCCAGGUCGUCCCGGGAGAAGCUGCUGCAGUCCCGGGACAGGAUGUUCUCCAAGCUCACGUCCAUCCUGCAGCACGCCGUGGAGGCGCUUGCACCGUCUCUUCCGUUACAAGAAGAUUUUGUUUAUCACUGGAAGGCAAUUACCCAUUACUACAUAGAAACCUCAGAUGACAAAGCCCCAGUGACUGAUACAAACAUCCCAUCCCACCUGGAACAGAUGCUAGACAUACUGGUCCAAGAGGAAAACGAGCGGGAAUCUGGAGAGACAGGGCCAUGCAUGGAAUACCUGCUCCAUCACAAGAUCUUGGAAACACUGUACACCUUAGGGAAAGCCGAUUGUCCUCCAGGCAUGAAGCAGCAGGUCCUGGUGUUCUACACCAAGCUCCUGGGGAGGAUCCGGCAGCCCCUGCUUCCUCACAUCAAUGUACACAGGCCCGUGCAGAAAUUAAUUCGACUCUGUGGCGAGGUCCUUGCUACACCAACGGAGAAUGAAGAGAUCCAGUUUCUCUGCAUCGUGUGUGCGAAGCUGAAACAGGAUCCCUACCUGGUCAACUUUUUCCUGGAGAACAAGUCAAAGUCUCUGAUGUCCAGAGGAGCUCUGAGUGUCAUCUCAGAGGAUAGCCCAAAAGGUCAGGACCCCGUGUCAGGAGACGUCAGCCAGUGCCACCAGCCCCAGGAGCUGUCAGGUGCUACUGGGGUGGAGCACGCGGAGUCCGAGGAAGAGCCCCCUCAUCAGAUGGAUGACCUGUCUGCAAGUCUGGACGACCUCAAUGUCACCUCACUGCCAGAGGCCUCUGCCAUCCGGCCAAACCAGGAUUACAACUUAGUGAAUUCUUUGUUAAACCUGACAAGAAGUCCGGACGGCCGGAUAGCUGUGAAAGCGUGUGAGGGCUUGAUGCUCUUGGUGAGCCUGCCGGAGCCCGCGGCUGCCAAGUGCCUUGCUCAGAGCACCUGCUUGUGCGAGCUGCUGACCGGCAGGCUCACCUCCCUGUACAAGGCCCUACCUCAGUCAGUGGACCCCUUAGACAUCGAAACCGUGGAGGCAGUUAACUGGGGGUUGGACUCAUACAGUCAUAAAGAAGACACGUCAGCGUUCCCGGGGAAGCGGGCCUUAAUUUCAUUCCUUUCCUGGUUUGAUUACUGUGAUCAGCUCAUCAAGGAGGCCCAAAAGACUGCGGCUGUUGUUCUCGCCAAAGCCAUCCAUGAGAGGUUCUUCGUUGGUGUCAUGGAACCCCAGCUGAUGCAGACCUCCGAGAUGGGGAUUCUGACGUCAACGGCCCUGCUGCACCGGAUUGUUCGGCAAGUGACCUCGGACGUCCUGCUUCAGGAGAUGGUGGUCUUCAUCCUCGGAGAACAGAGGGAACCAGAGACUCUGUCGGAAAUUAGCAGACAUCCUCUAAGACAUAGGUUAAUCGAACAUUGUGAUCACAUAUCUGAUGAGAUCAGCAUAAUGACCCUGAGGAUGUUUGAGCAUUUGCUACAAAAACCCAAUGAGCACAUCCUGUACAACCUGGUCCUAAGGAAUCUUGAAGAAAGAAACUAUACGGAAUACAAACCUUUAUGCCCAGAAGACAAGGACGUGGUGGAGAACGGGCUGAUAGCGGGAGCUGUAGAUCUGGAGGAAGAUCCAUUAUUUACUGACAUUUCACCAGAUAACACUCUGCCAAACCAAGAGUGGAUCUGUUCACCCCGCGCCAGCCCAGACCAUCCCAAAAACGACGGCAAGACGGAAGUGCACAAAGUCGUCAACAGUUUCCUCUGUCUAGUGCCAGAUGAAGCAAAGUCCUCCUACCACGUCGAGGGCACGGGCUAUGACACCUACCUCCGAGACGCUCACAGGCAGUUCCGAGACUACUGUGCUGUGUGCUUACGAUGGGAGUGGCCUGGAGCCCCCAAACCACUGGAGAAGUGUGACUUAGAAGCAGCCUUCUUUGAAGGACAUUUUUUGAAAGUUUUAUUUGACAGAAUGGGAAGAAUUCUUGAUCAGCCGUACGAUGUGAACCUGCAGGUGACCUCCGUGUUGUCCAGACUCUCCCUGUUCCCUCAUCCACACACACACGAGUACCUUCUGGAUCCCUACGUGAACCUGGCCUCUGGCUGUAGGUCUCUCUUCUCUGUGAUUGUCAGGGUUGUUGGAGACCUCAUGGUUCGAAUUCAGCGUAUUCAAGACUUCACCCCCAAGCUUCUCUUAGUCAGAAAGCGGCUGCUUGGCUUGGAGCCCGAAGGCCCCAUCGUUGACCACAUCACGCUGCUGGAGGGUGUGAUUGUGUUAGAGGAGUUCUGCAAGGAGCUGGCAGCCAUCGCGUUUGUUAAGUUCCACGCUUCCUCCACACCGUGAAGAACCCGGGUCACUGGAUACUUCUCCACUCAGCCGAGAGGAUAAAAAGCCUUGUAAAUGAAGUAUGGCGGGCGGCUGCACUGAAUGUUGAGAAUCCACUGUGUGACUGCGCCCAGUGAGGCCUGAUGUUGCUUCCAUCACUCGCCAUGAUGAUUCUCUGUAUGACUGCACGUCCCUCAAACCCCGGACACAGUCAGACUCGAUGGAGUCUCCGUGACUGAAAAGCUGCCCAACUUGGGACAUCAGGACCUGGCUGAUGCUUGUUCUUUCAAUGUCCUUUUAGGCAGCAAAGCAUUUGACAUUCUCUGGGACUUGGAUGCUUUUGUAUUAAUAAGCAGCAAAAAAAAAAAAAAAAUCACUAAUUUUAUAACUUUUUAAGGUUAAGGUUCUUAUCAUACAAAUAAUUUAGGAAAACUAAAUGAGGAAAAACACCGUUGAGGAACCAUCAAAAGAAUCUGGAGGAGAAAACGCGCAGAGCAUCAUCAACUUCUUCAGCUUUUAUAAGAAUAACAAUUUACUAUGAUAAAGAAAUUCUUAAUAUAUUAUAUAUAUUUUUAAAGAAAUGUUCUUUUACUCUGGUGCACACAGCCGUGCCUGUGGUUGGUCCGUGUGGCUCCCGGUUUAUUUGAAGCUGUCAUUUUCGCAGCAGUGUUGACGUACGCUCACUGCUCCUGUUUGCUCGCAGUAUUGUUUUAAGCCAAUUAGCACAUGCCGGUUGAGACCCCCCUCCAUUUCCUCUCUGAAAGCCGCUUUGUGAAAUUGCUUUACCAUUGACUUCCCGUGCGCAGCAGUGUUAGCGGCCCGGGCUCCGGAGCAGCAGUGGGCGAGCUGAGGGCCUCCGUGUUCACAGGUCUCACUUGGUUCAGUCUUUUGUCUUAAGUGAUUCCAGAGAGAUCUUUUUAAGUCUUCGUGUUCAGUUUACACCUUAAAGGGGUUAAGGAAACGGAGUGCGUACGUGUGAGUGGUACGGAUGCAGGGCCGUCUCGGUUAGCCAAGGUGCAGGGCACAGCUGCAGGACACGCGGACGUCCCCUGUCUGUCUGCUCUUUAGGUGGCUGACACCGGUCGCCCAGCUCAUGUCCUCUCCUUACUGAGGUGUUAAGCAGCAGCUCUUUCCUCUUCACUGUCCAUCGCGGUGUGGGAGAGAGUGGGACGGGGCAGUCGCCAGCUGGGGGACAGCCACAGCCAUGGCGGGCUCGGAGCUUGUCUGACACACCGCUCCGGCUGCUUUACUAGUGUUGCAGGUUCAUCUUAUAGCUCAGUUUAGCUGCUUGGGGACAGAAUGCCACAAGAUUCCGUUCCAGAGUGUCCAUCUUUGUUAAAAUAGCAUCCACUCCAUCUCUAACAUGGUGCAACUCUCUGUCCCUUCAAGAAAUCUGUUAGGACAGACAGUAAGAGAAGCAGAACGGGAGGAGUGGUCCCCGCGAGGCCUUCCUUCCAUGGCUCUGAGCGAUGAGCCGUGGUCCCCGUUGUUGUAGUCACUGACUAGUUUCUGCAGGAAUCCCCACGGUCCUCCAUCUUGAGAUGUUGCUACCAGCUGUGUGAUGGUGGCUUUGAUAAGGCAUUGAGAGGCACCGGUGUUCCGAAUGCUCUCACAGUGCUCAGCAGGUAGCAGUGAGGUGAGCUCCAGAGCUACCUCACCCUGCGCUCCACCUGGACCUGUGGUCCCCACGCGAGGAGCUGGGCAUAGCUCUGCCUCUGUCUGCGCACCGGAGGACACGCUUCUCCUAAGCUGUCGUAAUGACCUUGCCCAUAGCCAGCCAGGGUUGGCCUGUUCUCUUCUAGGUUUAAUUUCUUUUUCAUAUUUAAUUCAGACCCAGAGUCAGCACAAAUCACGGAACUGAGUUUGCUUUCAUUUAAGGAAACCACGAGCCCAGCUAAGGCUUUUCUCACAGUCUCAGCGAUCCUAGGAUUCCCACAGACUGCUGGGUGAACAGCACCCCUUAGCUGGUGGUCGCCAUGCUGAGUUCUAGCCUGCCUCCUGUCUGUGUGAGUAGGAAACAGGCGUGCACAUUUUUUUUUUUUAACUUUCUAACAAUGUAGCCUAUGGUUUAUUUUCAGUAAUGAACCAUUUUUCACUUGACAAAAUCAAAUUUGUCUUCGCCACUUUUAUUGUAGCGCUCACGUGAUAAGUAUGUAAUGUCCUCAUAACAUGUCUGUGCAAUACGAAGCUGCGAGUGAUUCAUAGCUCUUGGCCUAACUGUAUAUUAUUGUGUGUACAUGUGUGUAUAUAAAUGUGUAUGUAUAUGUAUAUAUAUAUCUAUAUAUCUAUAAAAGGACCAAAAUCCUUAGCUUGCUCACGCUGUCGCUAGUGUAAAUAUUGUUACAUUUAAUUUUAUAGGGCACAAAUUAUAGAAUUACUUCAUUCUUUUCAUGGUAAUGUCUCCAUAAGUUAUUACAUUACUGUAUAGUUACCAUUUAAUUAUGACGUUUACCGUGUAACAGAAGAAGUUACGGUGAAAUGCUAAACCCACAAACUAUGGUAAUUUUACAUUUUGGGUUGAGCAAUAAAGUAAAAUAUGCAUGUCAUCGUAACGCUUAGAUAGUCCCACUUCUGGGCCCCGUAAAGUCUGUCACUGAUGCUCUGUUGGCCUCCUGCCUUGUUUACAUUAAACAGGAUAUUCGGCGUGUUUCCCAUGAGCACCGCGUAGGUCACUAGCAGUGUUUUGAAGGUCUGGAUUCCCGGGCCACCGUUGAGGAGGCUCUUGAGGUGACUCUACUGUCCCUUCCAGGCAGGGGAGAUCAGCCUCAACUCUGCGCUUACAGUGCAUGCAGGACAAAGAGGGAAAUCAAGAAAAUAAAUCGAUGUGACUUAAACGAAA